AUGGCCUUUAAAAUUAUGAUAUCAAAUAUAUUCACUUAUACCACUUUAUUAUUCCUUCUCAUGUCACCUCUUUUCAUUAAUUCUUCACCCGUUCCUGAUAAUAAUUUAGAUUCUUUUUUAUCAUCACCAUCAUCAAUUGAUAAACGUGAAACAUUUGUUGCUUUUGGUGAUUUUAAAGAUCAAGUCACAGGUCGUGUAACUUUCACUCGUCUACCUAAUAAAUGCGUUAGAGUAACUGGACAAUGUAAUACUGGAUUUACCGAUCCCAAUCCUACAAAUUAUAAAAUUAGAAUUGUCUAUAGACCUUUAUGUCCUGCUUAUAUUAGAAGACUUGAUUUAUUACCUCCCAUGAAAAUGGUGGUAAAUGUUGGUGGAAGUUCGGGAUUCGAAGGUGAUUUCUGUAAUUUUUCAGUAGACGGAAUUCUUGGUAUGUUCGUACAAGUACAACUUAAGAAUAAUAUUAUUGGAUAUGCCCCUAUCCAAGCUGGAGCACUAAUCAUUUCUUUUCUAUCGUUGUUUAAUGCUGCUUCCGUUAUAUUCGCAACAAUCUCAACAUUAUGUAAUCCUCAAAGAUAUAAUUCGUAUUAUGCAUAUUCAGCAUCUUUGGUUGUAUAUUCUCUGCUGUUUUUUGCUUUCUCAUUUGGACUUUACGUAACCAUACAAGAAAGACGAGUAGACCUAAUUGAACGUUAUGCAUUAAUCUUAUAUGCCUAUGUCUUUAUCUCUGCAGCAAUGAAUUUAGGGACAAUUUUUAUUUUAAUGAAUAACAAAAUAUAUUUCGCUCGAGUUGUAUCCGCUUACGCAGAACAAACCGAAUUCCUUCUCCAUCAUAAUACUCCUCGAACUAUAGUUGUUCAAAUUACUAAUCGUCUAUAUCCAAAACAGCUAAUGCUGAAAGAACUUCAUGGGAAAAUUGACGCGUUGGUUGAGAAACAUAAAGAUGGAAGAUCAUUUGUUAGUGUUGCCAGUCUCGUUUAUGAUGAAGCUGGCGGUACUGGUGGAAAACCAGAUGAAUAA